AUGGCGGAGGACUCCAAAUCAAAGUCGACCCCAGACGUCUCGUCAAAGCUGUCCGCCCCAGCCAAGAAGUCGCUAUUCGAACGCCAGAAAGCUGAAGCCGAAGCCAAACGUGCCCGCGAACGCGCCGAGACAGCCGCAGUUUACGAGGACUUUGUCAAAUCGUUCGAAGAUGAUUCGCCGGUCCCCGACCGCUCGACAUUCGAGGGAAAGCAGAAUAGAUUUGGGAAUAGGAACGCUGGCUUUGGCGGAGGACCUGCAAAGCGGCAUUUCACGAGCUCUGGUCCGCGCAUGAGCGGUCCUGGGACGUUAGGCCCGGCUCCACCGCCACUCCCUCGCAAGCGUACACACGAGGGGUUUCAGCCAUUACAUCGAAAUCGAGAUUCAACACAAGGGACACUGGGUUUUGAUAAUGGUGGUGGUGCAUCCACUGCAUCCGCCUUUCGUGCAUCGGACGACGAGGAUGAGGGUGCCGCGGAUGCGAAAGAGGCUGAGAGGGCUGCGGCUAAGCCAACGCUGUAUCUCGCGUCUCUGCCACCAGGAACGUCCCAGUCCGUGGUCAAGUCUCUAAUACCCUCAGUUCUUAACGUUGACAACGUCAAGUUCCUAAACCCCACAGGCCAGUCUUUUACCGCGCGCAAAUCUGUAUCAGCAAUUGUGACUCUCGCCAGUGAAUCCGCUGCCUCCGAUAUUGAUAGUAGCGUUAGUGCUCUACAGAACCGAUAUCUAGGAUGGGGUUACUAUUUGUCUAUUUCAAGGCAUCUGUCGUCUGCAGCACUUGGUUCAGCUGUUGCUGUCGGGCCCGCCUCCACAGGUUCCCUUCCCUUCGGCGCAAAGUCAAUCGCGCCGGAGCUUGGAGGACGACUGAACCGCGCACCACCCCCUGGUUUACACCGGGGCGGCUUUGCGCCUCCGAGUUCGUAUGGCGCAACUCCUGGCGGUAGUGGGUCGACCAUGCAGGUUGAGGUGAAGGCGCCGUCUGAUUUGAAACAGUUGAGACUCAUUCACAAGACCCUGGAGAACCUGUUGAACUACGGCCCUGAGUUCGAGGCUCUGCUUAUGAGUCGCCCAGAAAUUCAAAGAGAGGGAAAGUGGGCUUGGCUCUGGGACGCAAGGAGCCCUGGCGGAGUAUACUAUCGAUGGAAGUUAUGGGAUAUUAUCACCAAUAGUCGCUCUCAAAACCAGCAAGGAAGAUUACAGAAGUCUUUACCUAUCUUCGAAGGCGGCGCCAACUGGUUAUUUCCAGAAGCGAACCUUAUGUUUGAGUAUACUACUCGAUUAGACGAGUUUGUGUCUGACGAGGACUACGAUUCGUCUGAUGAGGACAUGUCAGAUGGGGAGGAUGACCGACGGCAGCACGGUGGAGCACCUCCCACGGACGGAAUCGGACUAGGCAACGAAGGACUAGGCCAUAUGAAUCCCCUAAAAAAGGCGAAACUGGCUCACCUUCUUGCCCGACUCCCGACGACGCAUGCAAAGCUACGCAAAGGUGAUGUGGCGCGGGUCACUACAUUCGCCAUUAAGCAAGCAGGCGCCGGGGCCGACGAGGUAGUGGAGAUGAUCGUGUCAAACAUUAUCGAACCUUACGCCUACACUGGAGCGAAUCCUGACCGUGAAUUGGAAAAGGGACUUGCCCGCAAAGAGCAGAAUGGUGAUGAGACCAAUGCAGCCCCUGUAGACGACACAGGGAAGGAGAAUCUGGAUACGUCUGCUGCUAAACUGGUCGGUCUUUACUUGAUCUCCGAUAUCCUCUCUUCAUCUGCCACCAGUGGUGUGCGUCAUGCCUGGCGAUACCGACAGCUGUUUGAAUCAGCACUAAAAUCACAUCAAGUUUUUGAACAUCUUGGGAGACUUGAAAAGGUGUUAGGCUGGGGACGGCUGAGGGCAGAAAAGUGGAAACGCAGUAUAGGCUCUCUUCUACAUCUCUGGGAAGGGUGGUGCGUAUUUCCGCAGUCGAGCCAGGAGCAUUUCUUUCAAGUCUUCGAAAAGCCGCCGCUUACAGAGCAUGAGCAGAAAGAGGAAAAGCAGAAAGCUGAGGCCGAACGGGCUGCUGCUGCAUUCUCUAAGAAUAAGAGUCGCUGGAAGACCGUCGAUGAGGAGCCACCCACUUCACGCUUUGACGCAAGUCGUCCCACCGAAACGAAGCCCACCCAAAUGGAAGUUGACCAGGCGGGUGCUGGAGAUAUGGACGUCGACGGUGAACCGAUGAGUGAUAUUGAUGGCGAGCCAAUGGAGGACAGCGAUCUAGAAGACCUAGAUGGAAACCCCCUCGAAGAGGAUGAAGGAGACGAACAAGAAGGAAAGACACUAGAAAAAGGGGACAGCCCCAAGGAACACCCAGAGACUGCAACUGAGGGACCACCAGAUACGUCCACUGGGCCAGUGCGCAAACCACGGCCACGAGCAGAGGACAUGUUUGCAGACUCGGACUCAGAAGGGUAG